CAUGGCGCCCGCAACAACCAAGGAAGCCGGAGAAAAGCCCAAGAAAGAAGAGAGGAGCCCAAUGUCAUGCUUGCCCUCAGGGCUCGGUCUCAGAAAACCAACAGCCCCCAGCACACCUGCCAUCCAGCGACGCACCUGCCACCCAGAGACGCGCCUGUAACCCAGAGGCGAGGCCAUGAGAGCGCGGCCCCUGUGAAGGCACUGCGGGGCCGGGGUUACAGGACAGUGAGUGUGGCUGGUACCGGUCAUCCCCUCAGGAGCUUCUUCUCACCCUGCUGUGUCGCCUUCACCCUCGUUCACAAACAUGCUGCCUCAGCAGCACCAAGCUCGGCUGGAGCGCCGGAUAGUUGGCUCCACCAACCGGUGGCGUUUUCCCAAAGAGCCUUUCUCGGGGGACCUGCUGGCGCUUUCCCAGAUGUGCAAAGCUUUGUGCAUAAACUUUGAGGAAGCUCUGAAGAACCCAGAGAGGUUAUCCUUUUCACAAAUUCAGAAAGUUUUUCCCGAGAGUUUGAAGAAAAAGCCCAUCCAAAGCAGGGAGCCAGAUGUGAUUCUCGAGUGUCUGGGCUUGCGGUGGGAACUCCACCAGCCCCAGAUCUUUCAGUCUGAGACCCUGGCCAAGCUCUACCUGGCAGCGCUGGUCCGGAACACCACCAACCCCAUCACAGACCUGGAGAAGCUCCUGAGAGUCCAGUUGCCUGAGAAGAGCAAACAAAAACCCCCCAUAAGGAAGGUGACCAUUUCCUUGAAGAUCAACGACCCGAUGGUCACCGAAGCCGCCUUUGCCAUAGCCCUGAGGAACCUCUACGUGAGCGAGGCAGAGAUCGACAUGAACGAGGUGCUGGGUGUGCUGGCUUCUGCAUACAUCCUCUGCCUCAGCAGCCUGUUCCAAAGGUGUGUGACCUUGAUGAUGACCAGGCUCUCGCCAAGCACCAUCAAGGACUUCUACCUGGCUGGCCACAAGUACAAGGAAGAGCAGCUCACCACCGCCUGCGAGAAGUGGCUGGAAGUGAACUUGGUGCCUCUGGUGGGGAAGCAGAUCUACCUCCGGAAAAUCCCACAGGAGCUGCUCCUGAAAGUGCUGAGGUCCCCCAGGUUGUUUACUUUCAGUGAAUUUCAUCUCCUGAAGACAAUGCUUUUGUGGGUCUUCUUGCAAAUAAACCACAGAACUCAGACUAUUCCGACCCAUGAAACCGUGUUGGCCUUUUUCAGCAGCUUGCCCAAGCAGUGUGCCUUCCUGGACCGGGACAUGGGGCAGUGUCUGAUGCCACUCUUCCUCUGCCUGCGUCUGCACGGCAUCACCAGAGGCAAGGAGCUGGAGGAGCUGAGGCACAUGAACUUGUACCCCGAGUCCUGGCUGGCCCGGGUGACCGCCAACCACUACCACGCGCUGGAGAGUGGGGGCGACAUGGCCCACUUGAAGGAUCUUACCACCCAGGCUGUGAGAUACGGGCUGCUCUUUAACCAGGAGUACACGACCCAUUCAAAAGUGAUCGCCAUAUAUGGGUUCUUCUUUGAGAUAAAGGGCAUCAAACAUAACGCGACUGCGUAUAGUUUUUGCAUGCAGAGGAAAAGGCACACAGACGUGCAGUCGCCCGCCGUGGACUGGGACCUCAGCCCCAUCAGCCUGCGAGCCGAACGCCUGGUCAAGUACAGGAUCAGCGCCCAGGCCCUGGUGGCCGGCCGGUGGCAGGAGUUCCAGACCAACGAGAUCACGCAGAAGUUUGGGUUUGUCAAGCCGUUCUGCAAAAGCCACGUCUUGAAAAUCCAAACUGUGGGGACCCCAAUCUAUGCAACUUUUUCCUUCAUCUUCCCAUCAUCUUGAGUUUCCAGAAGAAUCUGUGGAAUUAUUUUAUCUUCCACCCUAGUAUAAAGAAAAAUAAAAUGACAUUAAAGGGACUGCUCAAGUACCUGGCUGCCUUUCCUGGC